ACCAUGGCGGUCUCUCUCCUGCUUCGGGGAGGACGAAUCCGGGCGCUGAAGGCUGCAUUCCUGGAGGCAAGGGUGUUCCGAGAACUGUCUUCUACGGUGUCCCUCUCUACAGAGUCAGGGAAGAUUGGAAAGGGAAUAAAACCAAAUCCCAAGAAGCAAAGUGCACCCAAAGAGCCCACUCUGGCCCCUGAGCCGACGGAUGCCACUACCUACAAGAACCUGCAGCAUCAUGACUACAAUACAUACACCUUCCUGGACCUGAACCUGGACCUCUCCAAGUUCAGGAUGCCACAGCCCUCCUCAGGACGAGAGUCGCCUCGGCACUGAGUUCAACUCACAGUAGCCCCAUGUCGGUCCCAUGAAUUCAUUGCCUGUGAGAAUAAAAGUCAGCCACA